AGGUAGAUGAAGAGAGAGAGAGAGAGAGAUAAUAAUAAUAAUGGUGGUAAUCAAAGCUCAGAUAGGUCAUAGGUAGAAGAAGAGAGAGAGAGAGAGAGAGAGAUUAAGAUUGUUGAAUGAGAAUAAAAAAACAAUAUUUUGGUUGCUGGAUAAAAUUACUUGCUUUCAUGGAAAGAGAGUAAAGACUCAUAAAAAUAUAAAUAAAAAGAGAGGAGGGGAUUUUAGUUUGGUGAUGGUGUUAGCCAUAUCAGGCGUCAACAAGGAUCAGGACUUAACCGUAAUUUUACUGUUGAUGCUCAUGCUCACCACUGGAAACGGUGGAAAAUGGAUCACGUUCGCCCAAGGUAGCGGUACCGGUACCGGAGGAGGAGGCGGAGGUUUCUGGUAUUCGGCUGCUCCUACUUCCAAUGUCGGAAUAGCCAUCGCCGUGACGGCCAUGGCCGGUCUUGCCUUGGCCGCCACCGUCUUAUACUCUCAUAGGGGCACUCUUAAAUCACCAUGGUCACGUAGGAGAAGAAAACAUGCGCUUCUCGCCAAACAAUGGAAGAUCUUAUUUACACCAGAUGGAAGACUUAUUGAAGGUGGUCUCAAGUUUCUGAAGAAAGUCCGUAGUGGGGGUGUUGAUCCAAGUAUUAGAGCGGAGGUUUGGCCAUUCCUUCUUGGAGUAUAUGAGUUAAACAGUUCCAAGGAAGAAAGAGAUUCUCUUAGCACAAAGAACAGAAAAGAAUAUGAGAGCUUGCGGAAAGAGUGCCGUAAAAUACAUCGAUGCAGCUUGAAAAGUUCUAAGUUGAAGGAAACUGCAGGAAAUAGCAGUAACGAGGGCAGUGGUGAUUUCAGUCAAGUUCUUGAUUCUCCUGGCUUUGAAGAUGUGGCAAGUCCCAGGAGGUCUGUUUCCUCCGAGGGAGGAAGUCCGGCAGCUGAGGAUCUAUACCCCCCUUCAUAUGAUGAGACCCCUCGGUGCUCUGGCUUAUUAGUGGAAGGAGAAGGUGAUAAGAGUGUAGUUACCUGUGAAGAUGCAUCUGCGGGUGAUACUGAAUCUACUGAUUCUGACUCAUCUGAAGAAAAUGAAAAUGUACCUCUACUUUCUACGGAAGAAGCUGGAGGAAGUGAAGUUCUUAAUGAGAAUGCGAAGGAAAAUUCAAAGGAGACCAACAGUGAGUCCAAAUCCCACACAGAUGAAGAUUUUGUCACAUGGCAGAGAAUCAUUCGGCUUGAUGCUUUGAGGGCAAAUGAUGAAUGGAUCGUGUAUACACCAUCUCAAGCUGCAGUGUCAGAAAUUAAGGCACAACGUCUUGCCCAGGCUGUUGGCUUAAAGGAUUAUGAUCAUCUGGAACCAUGCAGAAUUUAUCAUGCUGCUCGCCUGGUUGCUAUACUUGAGGCCUAUGCACUAUAUGAUCCUGAGAUUGGUUAUUGCCAAGGGAUGAGUGAUCUACUGUCACCAAUUGCAUCAGUUAUGGAGGAGGACCAUGAAGCUUUCUGGUGCUUUGUGGGUUUCAUGAAAAAGGCUAGGCAUAAUUUCCGGCUUGAUGAAGUUGGAAUAAGAAGGCAAUUGAGUAUUGUUUCCAAGAUAAUCAAGGGCAAGGAUAUUCAUCUCUACCGGCACUUGGAGAAGCUUGAAGCAGAAGAUUGCUUCUUUGUGUAUAGAAUGGUGGUGGUUCUUUUUAGAAGGGAGUUGACUUUUGAGCAGACACUUUGUCUGUGGGAAGUGAUGUGGGCAGACCAGGCAGCCAUUCGAGCUGGGAUUGCAAAGUCGGCUUGGGGGAGGAUGAGGCUAAGAGCCCCUCCCACUGAUGAUCUGUUGCUUUACGCAAUUGCAGCCGGUGUAUUACAAAGGAGGAAGCUGAUCAUAGAGAAGUAUAGCAGCAUGGAUGAGAUCAUGAGAGAGUGCAACAGCAUGGCUGGACAUCUGGAUGUUUGGAAGCUUCUAGAUGAUGCUCAUGAUUUGGUGGUCACCUUGCAUAACAAGAUUGAGGAAACCCUAUAAUAUUUAUUGACUGCCUUUUCCUUGCUCUUCACUGCUUCCUUCUUUUCUUUUCUUUCCUUUUUUUUUUUUUAUAUGUUUUUGUUGCACCAACUGCUGAUCCCUUUCGAUCCCUUUUAAACUAAGGGAUCUUCAGUUCACAUUAUUACACUCUGCUUGACACAAUCAUUUGAUAGGCAAUUCCUGUGCUGAGUAAAUUAUGAGAAUUAUAUGAUGUAUUGCCCGCGCUCAGGACUCAUUUGAGUGAAGAGGCAUCACUGCAAAAUUAGUGAUUUAGAACCUUCAGGUUUUUGGCUUAAUUAUUUCUUUUCAACCCA